CCCACGUGACCUUGUCUACUAAGAUGGAGGCUGGCUAGUGAACUACAUGGCGCAGUUCCCCAAAUUUUCACUGAAAUGGCCGGAUUUAACGACCGUGGCCCGUUGUCUCGUGUCCCGUGGAGUGUACGAAGGUGUAGUGCAGUGAUUCCCGCAGGAAAACAACGGUGAUGGCGGCGCUAGUGGAGAUACUGACGAUUGCUAUGGCAGCUGAUAUCCGUGAAAAUUCCUGUGAGUUUCCAACUUAAGUGUAAUGACCAAUAGAAAACGCGUGUUUUGAUAUGGCAUUAGUGCCUUGCCAGUACCAUAUUAACUAAACAAACGCUUAUGACAAACGGCACAAUGAACCGUUGACUUUGGAGACGAUUGAAAUUCUGAAGCUUUGCCUUGUCAGUGCAGCUAGUUUGGCAGUUAAGGUAAUUGUGGCAGCUUAAACCACCAGCAGCUACUCUCGACUCCAAGUUGUGCCUACACUUAAGAAUUUCGAAAUCUGAAAUCUAUUCACAAUUAAGCUUCGUACAACGAGCUGAUACAGUGUGUGCGUGUAAGGAAAUACUGAAUAAUAAGUUAUCAAAUAUUUGUCUGAACCGAAGAAAAGAGGAAUGCUGCUAUACCAGAAUGUUAUCGCUUAGCCCCCCCAAAGCCUAUAUGCAGUGUUACGAUUGGUUAAGUGAGAACAAAUGUCUGCUUUAAUAUUUGAUUAACACAGUUAUGUGAAACUUGUGAGCUGUGCCGUUCGUUAACUCAAAAAGCCCCGUUACCACUUGUGAAGAACCUUUGGACCACUUGAGGAAAAGGCAUCUCGGUUGGAUUUUGUACCUGUGGAGUUACCAUAUCAUUAAUUUCUAAGUCAUUAUUUUAAGUUGCUCUCACCUUUUGAAGCUUGACGCAUCAAACACGAAGGGACUAGGAAUACUGACAUAUAUACAUAUAUAUAUAUAUAUAUCGUGUAUACACAUAUAUAUAUAUAUAACAUGCAAACACUAUAUAUAUUACAUAUAUUGUAAAUAUAUAUAUAUAUUUAUAUAGUAUAUUAUAUAUAUAUGUGUAUAUAUAUCAGUGUUUGUAUAUAAAUUUAUAUAUGUAUGCAUGUAUAUACAGUAUACAUAUACACAAUUUAGUAUGGCUAAAAUUGUCUGCCAGUUUUCCAUUUAAAAUACUUUGGUGUCGCGUCAGGUGAAGCCUAUUCUGAAAAAAAAGUGUGAUCAUUGAGUCGGGUUAAUCCUACUGGUGAAAAUGUGCUGUGUAUCAAGUUGUGACAGAUUUGUAGAAAAGCAAAUAAUCGGUUAAAGGAAAAUUUGUUAUUAUAUGAAAGCCGUAAAGUCUAGAUCAGGCCUGUUUCUAAAGUGUGGUGAGGCGUUGUGCUGGAAACAUCUGCUGGCCAAGAUGUUGCCUAAUAGGAAAAGCUCCGUUAAUAACGUUGGUGUUAACGAAGACAUCGUCAAGGCUGGCUACCUGAAGAAGCUUAAGACUAUGAAAAAAAAGUUUUUUGUUCUGCGGCGUGAAACUGGGCCUGACUACCCAGCACGUUUGGAGUACUACGACAACGAGAGGAAAUUCCGUGCAGGUGCUCAGCCAAAGAAGCCAAUUAUCCUUCGUACUUGUUUUAGCAUUAAUCGCAAGAAGGACCCUAAACACAGCCAUGUCAUUGCCCUGUACUCAAAUCACGACUCUGUAUGCAUGGCAGCUGAAUCCGACGCCGAGUUGAAUGACUGGCUGGGCUUACUCCACCAUCAUAUGCAUGUGACUGGUGCCGAUGGACAGUCUAGGAAAAUGUAUGAACACGUCUGGUUGGUUUCAGUGCAGCCAAGAAGUCUCGGUAGCAGCAAAGGACUAACUGGAGAGCACCACAUCUGUCUCACUUACAAGUCUAUUGCACUCGUUAGAGUGGGAGACUGCCAGAAAAAAAUUGAAUUUCCAUUGAAUAGCAUCCGUCGAUGUGGCCACACGGGAUCGUUCUUCUUUCUUGGACUUGGACGAUCAGCCGUCACUGGUGCUGGGGACAUCUGGAUGCUAACGGAAGAUGCUGUUAUUGCCGAAAAUAUGCACAGCAUUAUAAGAAAAGCAAUGCAUGACCCUCUUAAUAAUAUGAGUGAAGACUCUCAGACGCGUGAGCGUACCCAUUCUGUUUCGAAUCAUCGCUCAUUUGAUAGUGGUAGUGGUCCAUGCCACAUGCGUGGCCGUUGUGACAGCAUGCCCUCUCGGAGUCGCACGAGCAGUGAGGGAUCUGUCCAAAAUGUUCCCAACAAGUUUCAUGGCCAUAACUGCUCCCACCAAACGGAUGGUUCCAUGGCGAGCUCUCUCUGCCUGCACGUCACACGACCUAAGUCUAUGUACUCCUCUUCUCUAUCAUCGUCGUGCUCUCCACCUUUUUUUUCUGCCUUGUUCAGUCCGAGUUCAAGCGAAUCAAUGGAGUCCGCAACUUCUGUUGACGACUUUGAAUGCUUGCAUUCUAACACUCCUGACAACAAUGAUGGCCUCUGUGGUAGUGAGGAGGACAGUUACAUGGCCAUGGGACGAGUAGGGAGUACGGAGAGCAGUCAUCAGCACCGGGAACUUCCACAACCUCCGUUUUCUCUUCCUAUCAUCAGUACUCGUCCAAUGGGUUCUUCACAAAGUAAAGUUGCAGGUGUUGUAUCACCAGUCAGUGGGAGUAGCAUAGAUGGCCAUUGCUUAUCUUCCCCUCAAGACAACUACCUUGAGAUGGCCAGUCCGUCUGAGCGCAUGCACGCAGGUCUUGUUGGUUCCCAGCCAGAGCGAGGGGGCUAUAUGUAUAUGGACAAAACCCAGCCCCAACCACAAGGAAGCUCAGCCUCUGAAAACUGUGGCUAUAUGUCAAUGGGACCCCUUAAUUCGCCUGGGUCUAUUCCUACUACAUGGCCAUCACAUUCCUCUAGUCAGGUAUCUUCGCCACCACACUCGGCUAGCCAUUCACGCAUUCCCAGUGUGGUGGAUGAUACCACGGACAGCUACCUAUCCAUGGUACCUGGAGGUCACCUAGGAGACAUGACCACUGGUGAAAACUUUGGUCAAGACCGCUCAGAGGGCUACUUAGAUAUGACUCCUACGCCUGCUGUUCCUACACCCAUUCCUUACAGCCCAUCUGAUGGUGACUCGUUUCCUGAAAUGUCUCCUGGUAGCAGCUGUUCAUUUACGUCUGGAACCCCUUCUUCUGAUCAUCGUUUUCCUGAUUUCAUAGCUGAGAAAAGUGGAAGUGGUUCAUAUUAUGGUUAUUCUGAAGAUGACGAUUCCUCCAUAGACCGACCAAUCAGAACAAAUUCGGUUGGCUCUAAACCUGAACAAUUUAGAAGCCGCAAGAAUAGACUGGAAGUGAGCCCAGCAGAACCUGCCCGUGUUCGAGCCUUCUCUGUGGGGUCACGUGUCAGCCUCAGGCUUGCAGGUGGGAGAGCCGGCCAGGUAGCAGGUGGUGCCAUUGCGGCAACAUCUGUGUCUGUCGCCGAGUUCUCUUCUUCUAUUAAGGAGAGGGGAAAGCAAGUGAAAAGCAAAUCAACAAGUGCUCCCAUAUUGGGAUCGUCUCCAAUAUCUAACUCUUGGUCAGGCACUCCGGGAACCUUCUUCAGAGGCUUCCUUCAAGCUCGAAGCCAAGAACGCAACAAUGACCUGAUGGAAUUUGACUUUUCAAAAAAUAAAAGUUGUGACAGUAUAUCUGCUGAUAAGGAGAAGAAGAGUAGUAGCUUUGAAAGCAUUAAAAGAACUCUAACUGGUCAAAGACAUCGCUCGAAUUCUAAAUCCUCAGGGAAUGGGAAAUCUGUAUUCGAUUCCAUUAAACGAGACAAGAAGAAAUCCGAGAGCGAGUUAUCGACCAAAAGUAUUGAGCUUUCUGAAAGAGGGAACUACUGUGAACUUGAGAUCAACCCAAGCCCUCAUCGCAAAACUUCAGAUUCUUAUGAUGGUUACCUUCCCAUGAAACCUGCCAUAAAUACUUCCCAGCCUUUAUGUACCUCAGAAUACUUGGAUAUGAACAGCAGAGAGUCUUUGAUUAGACAAACCUCAUUUGCAGAUCCUUAUGUAGACAUGUCUAGAGGCAGUGAUCGAUAUGGAUCUUCAUGUUCUUCAGGGUCACAUGAUGGCUAUGUGGAUAUGAGUCAAGGAAAAGGCUUAGGACCACUUCCUCUCGCCUCAUUAUCUUCAUCAUCCACAACUUCAAACAGCUCAUCUUCCAUUGGUGCUAGAGUCAGAAAGAUUUCGUCCACUUUAAAUCCAUUGUCUUCCCAAGACAGUACUUCACAAUUGGACGAAUAUAUGCCUGUAGACUUUCGUAGUAAUACUGACCCUUCUUCUCAUUCAAUUGAUGGGGAGAAACAUAAGAAAAAAGAAAAGAAAAAUAGUAAGAGAAAAUCAUUUAAGGAAAGCACUAAAAGAAAGAAAUCUGAACCAAUAAAUGUUGUUGUAAAAAGUGGUGAUAGUGAAGUAUUACAGGAAAUGAGCAAAAAAGGUACAAGUCCCUUAUCAUCCUUGAGCACUCUACUAGGCCGUAAAAACUCCGGCACACCCCCUAAGACACCUCUCUCCCCCACUGGUAGUCCACUACCAAAAUCUAAUCGAGGCACUCCUAGUCCAUUUUCAAGUUUGACUCGUAGUAAAAACAGGGAUGAUAAGGAGGGUCGUAAAGACAGUGUUGGUAAAGACAAUUCUGGGGGAAUAUCCUCCAGUAUAAACUCAGGCAUUGGCACAAGCUGCAUUGAAGAAUCGAGUAUAGAGACUGAAGAGAGUGCGAUACCAGGUGAUAAUCUGAGUGCCACUGCAUCUUCACAGACAGUUCCUAACAGUGGUGAACAGCAGAGUAAACAAACAAUGAGUGUUAAUGAUUGCAGCAAGAGAAUUUUGGGGAUAUGUGAGGCAGCAUCUCAGGCAGACACAAAGCAGGAGGAAAGUCAGGGGUCUGUUGGCUUGGAAUCAUUAUUAGGUAAAGGCAGCACCAGUCAGCAGCUGGCAAAUACCUGUAGUAGUGAUCAAGGGGCAUAUGUUAAUUUAGCACUAGGUACUUGUGAUAAACUUAUAACAGAAAGUAGACAGCGUAAAGUAUCCAAUACAUCCUUGUCAGAUUAUAUGAAUAUAUCUCCAAUGGGAUCCAGUAAAGUUUCAGAAGAAGAUACACACAAACCUCAUGAUUAUGUUAAUAUGUGCCCAGGGGGACGUUCUGAAUCUGUUACCACUUCUCAGACACCUCCGCAGCUUCCUCCUGCUUUGAAUAAGAUUCCUCCUAGUAGCAAGACCAAUAUCCCUGGGAAUAAUGAUGCAAGUGAUAAAAAAAGCCUUAAUAUAGGAAAAGGGAUUUCUAGACAACAUAGUCGAAAAGAUAGUGAAAAAUCUAAUACUGUUAGUAGUGGUGGGGACUCGGAAGGUGGUAGUGGUGGUGAGAGUGGUUAUUUACUUAUGACUCCUGGGCAACCACCACCGCCACCACCAAAGCCCUCAUCUCCCCGAAUGGUAGCUCAUCGCCCAGACAUUCCCCCAGCAUUACUUGGUGUUCGACCAGACCCUUCUCUCACUGCCACUCUUGAACGACUAAAUUUUGUUAGCUCUGCUGGCAACAGUUCUAGUGAACGGUGUCGAAGUCAUAGUGGGCCUGGAGCUCCAGAAGGAAGUGCUGUAAGCAGUGAGGUGCGUGUUAAGAAACAACUUUCAGAACCUAGAAGUGGGUCUGGAUGUCAGGGUAACAAUGGGCGUGCAGCUUCAGCAUGCUCCUCACCAGUGUCAUAUUCACCACCUACAUCACCUACUUUAGGUGGGUCUGUAUCAUCUGUAUCCUCUCUUAGUGAGGGUGGCCUUUCCUCUGCAUCUUCCACCUGUACUGUGGUUAACGUGGGUGUGGGGCGGCGAGAGGGUGGGUCAAGUGGAUCAAGUGGAACAAGUCGUGUCUUAGAUAUGCCAGCAGAUUUAGCAGCUCAUUCCACUGUUCCUUCUGUGACCAGUCAGCCAUCCUCGGCAAUUAUUGGCAGUGGCAGUGCAGACAGUGGACUAAAUUAUGUCUCAUUAGAUCUAGGUCCAGCUAAAUGUGAAAGUGUCAGGCCUUCACCCCGAACUGGGCGUCGAGCUGUGAGUGGGACGGUUACUCAAGGAGCAUGUACUCAAGACCCUGUGGUUGGAGAGGAAGAUGAACCCCUCAGUUAUGCUCAAAUAGAUUUCACUAAGAGUGAGGGUUUGCGGACUACCUCCCUCUCGCGUGACCACCGACAUUAACAUUCUCCUGCCUUCCUUAAUUCACAUGCCUCCCUUUCAGUUCCCACACCCACGCAAAUCAAAACUGUAUAAAUGAUUUAUAAAAUUCAGUAAUUAAGUUAAUAAAAGUUAAAACAUGUGAGUACUA